AUGCUUGCCAACUUGGUCGCAGCAGGUGCUUCUCCCUUUGUAUUUCCGCCAGUCUAUGGCUUUCCGCCUUUCUUCACUCCGCAGCCGAAUGCGGCAACGCGCCAUGCGCAGCUCGAGAAAUGGUCGGGUCUCGUGCGCGCCUAUGCGCGCCACCACAAGCUCUACAAGCUUUCCCUCUCCGACGCCCUUGAUUCGGAGCUCUUCCACAAUCAAAGCCUUGGACGUCGCCUGAGUCCUGACGAUGCACGCGAUGUCGUAGAAUUCAUGCGCCGCGAGGGGCGCGCUGAAUGGGUGGGCGCCACCAAAGGUAAAGACGUCGCUUCUGGUGUCUUCUGGGUGUGGUGGAAGACGAUUGAGGAGUGGGGCGAGGCCGUAGCCAGCUGGGUUGAAGAGACGGGCCAAAAAAACAUGGUUCUUACACUCUAUGAACUGACGGAGAGCGAAGCUACAAUGUCACAAGAAUUCCAUAAAUUGCAUCCCGAAAUACUCCAGAAAGCCCUCGCGUACCUUGUUAAGCGUGGAAAGGCGCAGGUUUUUGGCCAGGAAGACGAACAGGGCGUCAAGUUCUUCUAG